GCUUUUCAAGUGCGUGGCGCAACCAUUUUUUGUUCAAUAACAAUUUUCAGUGUGAUCUCUGGUCGUAGUGAUGUGCUGAGUGCGGUGGGUGGCGGCCAUUCGAUGCCACAUCUGGCUUUUACCGAAUCGGUUACACCGCAAUCAAUGGUUUUUCCACUCAAUAUCGAGGAUGUCGAGGGUGAAGAUGCGCUUUUCACAAAGAAGCCGCGUCCAAUCAGCCGCCGAGCGCCGCCGUCAUUGUGCCUCUUCUACUCAACUCCUAUCGUCAAAUACUGGCUAUCGCUUCUGUUCCGAUUACUUCAUAUAGCGCUUCUUGCCUAUUCGAUUUUAUUGCCCGGUUGCGGUAACCUGACAUUGGAUGCGAUUGUUUGGAUGUGGACGUUUAUCGCUUGGAUUGAAGCGGUCUGGGUGCUCAACAUGCGCAAUCACACGACGCCGCUUUCGUUGAUGCCGUGGCGGGUGUUCGACUGCGCACUUACGUUAGCGUUUUUGGUUUCGAUGCUUCUAUUCAAAUUUGUUGGAGACAGUGUGGUUUCGGAUUUCUUUUUGCUUUCUACUGUGUAUCCUGUACGGGUUUUGUCGUCUUUCUUUCUGCUCUAUUGGUGCUAUGCCACAAUUUUCUUCUACAUUCCUCUAUCGGAACUAUUUGGUCCAAUUGUCGUCCGAGUGAAGCUGAUGAUUCUCAGAGACUUCACAAAUUUCCUUAUUUUGGUCGCUCUGGUGAUGUCUAGUAGCCGCAGCGUGCAAUUCAAUGCUGUACUCUAUCCAGAUCGGGAUAUCUCCGUCUCGGUGGCGCGAUCGUCACUCUCAUGGGUUUGGUUGUCGCUGUUCACUACCGACCUAUCCAGUCGAAAGAGUCUGACACUUGUAAAAAAGCGUUCCUGGGCUCUCCGACGUCUUACUGUAACUAUGUUGGCGAGUAUGGGAACACCUCGUGCCCGUCACAGUCCACAGCUGGUUAUCUUCGUCCUGGAUUUGCGUCCACCACUUCCACCUCCACUUACACCGCUAUUCUUUUUCUGCAUGGCCUGUUGCCGAGCUGGUGGACAACUUGGCGGUAUGAUGUCCACCUAUCCAGAUCAUCCAGACGUUGACCAUCGAGAACGGGGUCGUUCAAACGUGCGAUUUGGGUCCGUCUACCGUAAUCCGUCAGUACCGGCAAAAAAGAACGAAUUCGUGAAUUCGUUCUGGCGUCAGCUGAUGAUCGAUCGAUGGAGAGAGGAGACACAAGUGAAGACUGCCGAUAUUGGCAACGCUGAUACCAAGAUCAUCCAGAAUCAACUACGUAUGCUGGCACUGAACAACGCCUACUUGGGAGCUGAACGAAGGAGUAAAUCCGAGAUGGAUUGGUACAUACCGGUACACAGAAUAUUAAUAUCGCUGUCUGUUCCAUCAAUGGAGAGAUCUUGGCAGGUUUUGCUCCCGCGUUACUCACCACCGUUCUACUGUCGUCCAGCAGAGGAAUUUCCAACAGACGCCGCGAAGCACGUUGAGGUCGCUACAGAG